AGAGGCAGGCCGGCCUCCUAGUAGGAAAUGAGACAGAGUAGGAAUAACACUUUAUAAGCCUGACGCCCUCUUCCUCCUCUCUCCUGGCCUCCUUCCAUCCUCCUUCGUUCCCAGACAGCCUUCACUCUUCUUUCCCCUAGGCUGCAGCCAGCCGGAGCCCUCAGUCAACCAGAGCCUGGAGACCAAGCUGGGUCAGGAAUCUCAGCCUCAGGAUGUUGACAACACUGCUGCCACUGCUGUUCCUGUCCGGCUGGGCCGUUUGUAGUCAGGGAGCCUCAGAUGGCCGGCGGAGCCUCCACAUCGUGCAGUUCGCCUACUUUCGCGACCCCUUCCACGUGUGGUACCGCGGCAACGCGUCACUGCUUGGGCAUCCGACGCACGUGUUGGAAGGCACUGACACCAACUUCACGAUCCUCCAGCUGCAGCCCCUGCAGGAGCCAGAGAGCUGGGAGCGUACCGAGCGAGGCCUGAAGGACUACCUGCGAGAUUUCCACGGCACCGUGCGGCUGGUGCACAAAGAGCGGAGCUUGGCCUUUCCUCUGACAAUUCGCUGCUUCCUGGGCUGUGAGCUGCCUCCCGAGGACUCCAAAGCCCACAUCUUCUUUGAGGUGACUAUGAAUGGGAGCUCCUUUGCGAGUUUCCAGCCAGAGACAGCCUCAUGGGUGGCUCCGUCCCAGACACAUUCCAAAGUGGCCAACUACACCCUGAAAUUGCUCAACACCUACAAUCGUACUCGGUAUGAACUACUGGAAUUCCUCCAGGACACCUGUGUGGAGUAUGUGCAGGAACACACCGUGGACAACUUAAAAGGGAGACAAACAGGCCACUCCUACACUUCGCUGGUCCUGGGCAUCUUGGUGGGCAGCUUCAUCAUCACCGGUGUGGCUGUGGGCAUCUUCCUGUGCGCAGGUGGACGGCGCUGUUAAUUACUCUCCAGUCCCCUCUGAGAAAGGGCUGGACUGAUGGGGGCUGGCAAGGGACUGUCUCAGCUCACUACAAAGCCAGACUCCCCAGUUGGGACACAAUAUUCCAGAAGAUUUGGAGUAGAAGUUCCUUUCUUCUCCCAGCUGACUCACCAUGGGAUUUGAUGUGGGGGAGAGGCUAGGUGGGCAGAGUGUUUAGUUUGCUAAGAACCUAAGAACUUGCAUACUUUGCUGAAUUCGUCUGAGAAGUGAAUACUUACCUAUCUUUGUGGAAAACAGAUGAUGGAGAUGGGGCAGGAGGGUCUAUGGCCCAUCCUCCAAAAACGGACAGAAUCACCUGAGACAUUGAAAAUACAACCAAAUAAAACAAACCAUUCAUAAUCAAAA